ACCUUAAUUUUUGGCAACGAUAGUAACCUCAGAUCCCCAAAUUUACAACUAGGCUUCACAGUUCACGAGCUUAUGAUGGGGCUGUGAAGGCAGCAUCAUUUCCAAGAGUGACGUCAGAUUGUGUGAGUCGGGGCUGGGCUGGGAAACAGUAGCUGUUGGAAAAAACAUGUAACGGUGCAAGGUACGCUGCACCUUCUCACGGCAUUCCUUACUGAGACCCAGUUCAUCUAACGAGACAAAUCAUCCAGCUCCUGUUUAUCAUACUGUGACCGUGUAAGGUGGUGGGGAAGGCCUAAUCCCUCAUCUUCAAUAGGCCCCCCCCAGCCAUGGACAAACAAGGAGCCAUGAGUACAUCAGGCAAAGCCAGUGGGCUAAAACCCCCCAGUAAAAUAGUCCGUCCCUCCGGCGUUCCAUCACGGACAUCACCGUCAUCUGGUACCUCGAAGCCAGUUCCUCCUGAAAAGUCCCCUGGCAGUGUGACCUCACCAGUCCAAGAUGGAAACACAGACUUUAAAAUUGGAGAGAGAGUCUGGGUGAACGGCAACAAGCCUGGCUAUGUGCACUUUGUUGGAGGGACGCAGUUUGCUCCCGGCCAGUGGGCGGGCAUUGUGCUGGACGAGUCGAUCGGGAAAAACGAUGGCUCUGUGGCAGGGGUCCGGUACUUCCAGUGUGAGGACGGACGGGGGAUAUUCACGCGGCCUUCAAAGCUGUCCAGAACAGCACUGCCAGAGAAGGAGACGAAUGGAGGCCGGGCCAGCCCAGCACAAGGAGUCUCCGCAACAAGCGAGGCAGCACCUGCUGGCACUACUUCAUCUACUCCAGGCACCGGCAUUAAGACAGGCGGAGCACUUAACCGGAUCCUGACAUCCAGUGAGUCAGUGUCCAACCUCUCCGACCCAGAUUCCACGAAGAAGAACAGAAGGGAGCUAAGGCUGGGAGACCGAGUGCUGGUUGGUGGUACCAAGGCAGGAGUGGUGAGGUUUCUCGGAGAGACAGACUUUGCUAAGGGAGACUGGUGUGGAGUCGAACUAGAUGAACCUCUAGGCAAGAAUGAUGGCGCUGUAGCUGGAACCAGGUACUUCCAGUGCAUGCCCAGGUAUGGCCUGUUUGCUCCAGUUCACAAGGUGACCCGAAUUGGCUUCCCCUGUACCACCCCUACCAAGGCAAAGAGCUCACGGAGGAGGUCCAUUCUCAAAAGAAGCCCCAGCGCUUCCUCCAUCAGCUCCAUCAGCUCUGCCACCUCCUCAAUCAGUGGGAAACCCAGCCGAGCAGGACUGCUGACAGAAACGUCAGUUCGGUACGCUCGUAAGAUUUCAGGCACCACAGCCCUGCAGGAGGCUCUGAAGGAGAAGCAGCAGCACAUCGAGCAGCUGCUGGCAGAGAGGGACCUGGAGAGGUGCGAGGUGGCAAAAGCAACCAGCCAUGCAGGAGAGGUGCAGCAGGAGCUGACUCUGCUGAGGAAAUGCCGGGAUCAGUACGCAGUGGAGAUGGAGGCCAAGAUGGAUCAGCUGCGGUCGAUGGUAGAAGCAGCAGAUAGAGACAAAGUGGAGCUGCUCAACCAGCUGGAGGAGGAGAAGAGGAAAGUGGAGGACCUACAGUUUCGAGUAGAAGAGGAAUGCAUCACCAAGGGAGACCUCGAGACGCAGACCAGGCUGGAGCAUGUCCACAUAAAGGAGCUUGAGCAGAGCCUGCUCUUUGAAAAGACCAAAGCUGAAAAACUCCAGAGGGAUUUAGAGGACACUAGGGUGGCCACAGUGUCUGAGCGCUCCAGGAUAAUGGAGCUAGAGAGGGAGGUGGCAGAUCUCCAGCUCAGGCUCCGGGCGUCCCAGCAGAAGGAGGAUGCUGUGUCUCUGUCACAGCAACAAAUCAGCAGCCUCAAGGCACAGGUUCAGUCUCAGGAGAAGAAGAUCAGUGAGCUGAGUGUUGACCUGGAGAGCAAGCAGAAAGAGCUUCAGUCGGUACAGCAAGAUAAGACGUCUUUGGAACAACAGCUAACCAGUCUGAGAGAAAAACUUGAGACAGCUGAGGAGGAGAACAGGAAAGCAGCAAAGACAAUGCAAGGAUUGGAGCAGAUUGUGGAGCGUUCAACGAAAGACUACCAGACCCUGAAGGAGGAGAAUCAUUCCAGGGAGAAAGAGCUGAGAGCCCAGCUGACACAGGCCACUGAAAAGUCAGAGAGGUUGGCCUUUUCGCUGGAGCAGUUGACCCUUGACAAUAGGACACUGGAGACACAGCUUGAGGCUUUGAAACAGCAGAACUCCAAAUAUCAGGAAGAGCUCAGUCUGUCAAAAGAGCGGAGCAGCUCAGAAAACCAGCGUAUUGGCGUCCUCUGCAAAGAAAUUGAGGAGCUGAAGCUGGCAUCCCACAAGUCUCAGCAUCCUGAUGAGCACAACGAGGAUCGCAGCAGUCAGCAGCCAGACAUGAAGACCAGAGAAAUUGUCUCAAAUGUGGAAUCAGAGGGGGACACAAACUUCCAGAAAUCCACUGGAGCCUUAAUCUCAGACAAAGACCGGGAACUAGAAACUCUGAGGAAUGAGAUCGCGGUGCUGCGAGGAGAAAAUGCCAUGGCCAAGACCCUGCAGUCGGCCGUGGAAACGCUAGAGAGAGACAAAGCUCAGCUGCAGAGCCGCGUUCAUAGUCUAGAGCAAAGGCUUAUGGGAGCACAAGCCUCGGAGGAAGGAGACAAGGAACUCCCACCCUCUGGUGAUGCAGCUCUGGAGCAGCUGAGGGAAGAGAAGGAGUUUGCAGAGGGACAGAUCAACUUCCUGAAUAGUGUGAUUGUGGACCUGCAGCGGAAAAAUGAGGAGCUGAAGAUCAAAUUGAAGAAGCUUGCUUUGUCUGAGUUCAAUGGUAACGACGGGACUGAUGGGUUUGAUGAAGGCAUAUCAAAGCGAGAGAAGAAGGCAACCCCGCGUCUCUUCUGUGACAUCUGUGACUGCUUUGACCUCCACGACACAGAGGACUGCCCCACUCAGGCUCAGAGCCCCGACUCUGUACCUCACACCACCUACCAUGGCAACCCUGCCGUUGAAAGGCCCUACUGUGAUAUCUGCGAGGCCUUCGGACAUGCCACAGAGUCCUGCAAUGAUGAUCAGACCUUCUAGAGGCUCCAGGUGUUUUAUUCUCCUUCCCCUUCCUUUUGCUUCCUCGCCUUAAAAAGUUCAGUUACCAUCGUUUCCUCUCCUGUUCUUUUUCCCCACAGUCCAACCCAACAUGUCUGAAUAUAGCCGCUGCAAAUUUUUCCAUAAUGUAUUUUUAUACUGUAUUUAUGCAUAUCAGAAGUAGCCACUGUCCUGGUCUGAAUCCUUUACUCUGCAGCUCCAUUCUGUGUCAUGAAGAAUGCUCGUCCAAAUACUGUAUGCUGCUUUGGUGCAAUAUUGAUGUUAAUAACAAAAGGAAUCCGUCCUCUGCACUUGUCAUUUUUAAUGUUUGUUUUGCAUUUCAGUUUCUCUAAAAUAACUUAGGCUGAAUUUGUUGAUGGUCAGCAAAGGGAAGCACAGUUGAAUGAAGGGAAGAUGAAGCACCUCUCCACUCUGUUUCACAUAGCUCAGUGUGACGCUAGAAACCAAUCACACUGAUGCUGCCAUAACUUUUUUGUUUUUGUUUUAAUGCAAUAUUUUGUAAAGCCCUUUUAAUAAAAAGGGAAAAAUAUUUUUGGGAAAAAGUAAUUAUAAUAAUAAAACUGAAAAAGUUGUAAUGUUUUGGUGGACAUAUAGGUGAAACAAGAAAAAAAAAUCCAUGCACAUCCUCACCACUAUAUGGGGCAGGUGCUGAAGAAAUGCAUAAAUACAAAAAACGAACUGGCGUACUGCAGAACGCCAGCUUUAUUUAUUUAUUGCAUAUUAAUAGUGUGUAGCAUACAUGCUCUUCAUCACACAGUGAAACAGUUCAGUGCCAUCUUAAAUCACCUGUGAUUAUACUGCCAUCAGGUUACUUUGCCAUCAGCAAGUAUAAACAAACUUUUAACAGGGCUCUCUUCAUAAUUAGAUCCAAUAAAUAUAAUUAAUAUUAAAUGUCCCAAAGCUCAAAGCACAACAACACAUGAAUCCUUGAAGAAUACACAGAGAUUUCAAAAUGAUCUAACAUGGUAAUGCAAGGAAUUGUGAAAAAGUAAGAAUGUCCAUUUCUGAAGUGUGUAUGAGCUGGAUUCAUUUUUUUUCUUUUUUUCAAUAUUAAAUCUUUGCCGUUAAGUUGCAUAUCAUUCCUACUUUGACAAGGAAAAGCACACAAAUUUUCCUCAACACUUUGUUUCAAGUGCAUAUAUUAAAAUAGACAUUUGGAAUAUUAUUACUAAAUUCUUAUAAUGGUAAUUAUCAUAGUUAGUAUUCUAAAAAUACUGCAUCACUGUAAAAAUUUAUUUGUUUGUUCUCAGAAUAUUACAACUUUUUCAAUAAAUCAUUUGGCUUUAUUAUUUAAAAUGUUAUACAGACAUUUUUAAUGAGGGGAUUUCUUUUUUUUUAAAAUAAUUUAUUUUCAUAAUAUUGCGUGUAUUUUCAAAAUGUUACGGCACGUUGUUUUCUUAGACUGUUGCAUUUACUUUAGCAAAUUAAUAUUAUAUUAUAAUAGUAAGAUAUUUUUUCUUAACUUUAUUCUCAUAUUCUCACACGACCCCUUAUUCUCAAAACAUGAUCACUUUAUCAUAAAAUAUUAUGAUAAAAGUGAUCAUAAAAUAAUAUUAUUUCUUGUAAUAUUUCAUAUUUUUUUCUUAAAUUUGUCACAGAUUUCCAAUUAAAAUAGUUCAGUUUAAUAUUUAAAAUAAUUUUGACUUAAUUUGUUUAAACAGAUUUAGCAACCUAAGUUCUAGUAAUAACCUAAAUGCUGAAAAUGUAAAUAUUUUCUGAUAUGGAUAUAGUUCAAUCUUGACCUUGGAAAUGGUACUUUCCAAAAAAUAAUAAUUUCAGGCCCUUUUUUCAAAGCAUGGGUUUACCUUCACACAUACUUUUUUCAGUUUAAAGUUUCAUUGCUUAACUAAAUAACACAAUUCUGUCUGUUUAGUAACUGCUGAGCUUUUCAUUAUAAUCUCACAUUGUUCUUAUUUCUAAGAGAUUUUUAAGGACCAUUUCCUGAGAUGCCUAAAAGUUUACAAUUUAAAAGUUGCCUGCAAUAUUGUGACGAAUGGGGAACUUAAUCAAAAGCUACUAAACAGAUCUCAUGGUUAGGUUUCAACAGCUUUUUCAACAUCAGGAAUAAACACAUUUUCCUGUUUAGUCUCCCACAGGUUGAUAUGUUUCAAACGAUGCAGUAGAAAGUUACUGAAGGUUAAUAAUGAAGUUGCAUUUUGUUAUUUAUUGUAUGAUCUUUUAUUAGCCAGUGACGCCCUUAAGGGAAAAUAAGCUAGCACUGAUUGAAGGCGUAUAGUCAGUGCUAGGACUACUGUAGUAUAGGUGGGCUUUUGAAAUGCAUCUGCCUAAUGUUACAGGAAACUGCCCAAAUGAAACUCCAGAAGCCUCUACUAACUUUGAUAGCUUUGCACUAUCCACUUUAAAGAUUCAAUAAAUGUGCGUUUUCUUCUCAAAGUAUUUAAAAGCUAUUUUUUCAAGGAGGACGGUGCCGAUCAUUGAGCACUAACUUUCAUGCCGACCUCUUUAAAGGUACUUUUUGCAAUCACCCUCUCCGGCAUUUAAGGAAAACUUGCAGCGCCAAGGUGCAGGGUUUGAUCAGCAGGUGUGUUGAAAAUAAGAAUGUGCUCGUAGUUAUUUGCUUGGUUAAAUGUAGGUUACACUGGGUACCCCUACAAAUAGCAUUUUUAAGCAGGGGACCAGGGAGUUGAGUCUGCUUUCCUGUCUAUUCUCUAUACUGUACUAAUAGGCUGAAAAUAGAGUUGUACGUUACACUGACUUGCUACACCACCUUGUUGUGGAAAUUGGUAUUACACAUAGUGUAGUCCAGCCCUGCUUAAACUUUAGUUCUCUCUUUUUCUCUAUUUCGUGAAGAAUGAUUUCAAAAAAGGAAUUUGCAACAAGUACCUUUAAAGCAAAAGUUUGACAUUUUAGUAAUUCUGCUUUUUCGCUUUGAGAGUUUAAUGACACUGACUACUAAAGUCUAUUCCAGUUGUAUUGUGACUGUUAAAAGUCACAAUACAACUGGACUUUACUUUGUCAAAUGAACAUACAUCAUUAUUUAAAGUUACCUUAUGAAAGCCACCUUAUUAUACACUAAAAACAUUUACUGUGAACAUAGUUACCACACAGCAUGUGUAACUCCUGUAUAACCUGGUUUCUUACAAAAUAAUGAUAACCUCAAAAUACAUCAUUAAAGCACACGUUAGCACAUAUAUAGAAAUUAAAGGUAAUCCUAACAUCUGGUGGAUUUUGUAAUUAUAAGCACAAUAAACAAAGAAACAGCAGUAGGUACUGAAUGGAUUUCAAUGGAUUUCUAAAGUGCAGUCAGCUUAAAGCUACACCAGGUUAGCUUAGCACAUAUUGAAGAAAUAUUGGGAAGCAUUAUAAAUAAUGUGUUGAAAAUAAAACAAAUUGCCUUUUCUUUUUUUUUUUCUUUUUUUUACAUUUUUGUACUAUUUAAAGCAACAUGAUCAUAUAACUGUUUGUGAGCUUUAGAGGUGCUACUACAAGAAUGUUAGCUGUCAGAAAACAACUAAGUGAAUUACCUAAAUUGCCAAACUAUUUCUUUAAAUUAACCCUGUAUAGCAGUUUUUAUUUGAUAUAUCUUAUACUAAAGCACAAUUUUGGAUCAUAUUGAAUCUUCCAGUGUAACAGUGUAUAAUACAUGACUAACCACUGACCCUAGUUUUUGUAAAUACUAAUCAGAAGUUUCCUUCUGCUAAAUGUGUACACAGUGCCAUGGAACAAAAAGAUAGCUUUUAUGUGUACAUCUUAUUUUUUUGCCCUGUUGACAAGGCUGACAUUCUAUAAGGAGGUUUUCACUCAAGGGGAAAAUUAUUUGUAUAGACUUUAAAACAUUGUUAUAAGUGAUGCGUCUAAUUAUUGGUGUAAUGUUUUAUAUGUAACAAUUUCAGGCACCAUCUAUAAAUGGUUUCAAACCAUUUUACAGAUGUUAAUGUGGUGGAAAAUGUCACUGUUUUCUAUGUGCUGUAUACUCCUGAACAGAACAAUACAAAUGCUAAGAAAAGAAAAGCUGCUCUCGUCCUUUCUUUCCUCUUUACCGGUCAGCCACUGCUCGUCCCAGAUGCACUUUUUUUCACAUUUCAAUAGUUGUCUGACAAGAAAAAUAAGGAAAGUAUAUACAUAAACAUCUCCAUUGUGAAAUUGAUAUACUUAUUUUCCUGUUGUUUUGGUUACAUUAAUAGAAAUAAAAAUCAACCAGGGCUUCAGUACCUCAGAUAUUGUGGGAGUGCAUGAAAAAAGGAGAAAUUUGGAACUUGGCAGUGUAAUUCACACAUGAAAAAGACGUGGCAAUCAUGUAAAGUAAAACCGCUAAAACCACUCUAAAACGUGCAUGUAACUUUUGGGUAAAAGAAAUUCAGGCAGUGUGUACGUGCAUUAAACCUACAUUCUAUCUGAAGACCACCAGAUGGUGGUAAUUGUGGUUGCAGAAAUGUUUUGCUAACGGCUGAAAUUUGGUUUUUCUCUUUCUUGUUUGAUAACCCAGUUUUUCUUUCUUGAUUAUAGAUAUGACUCAGUCUUCAUUAGCAGUCAACUUAAUAAAAUUAAUUAGCUGUACUGUAAGAGUUGAGCACUGUUCUGUAAGAACUGAGUGGACUAAAGCAUUUGUCAAAGUGGCAUCUAAGCCUCCACUAUUUAUUUAUUUUUUUGUUGAAUUAUUCAGGUAAUUUAAUGAUUACAUUAAGUAGAAGUAAAAAUUGUGAAUGGAAAACUGUUCAUUUGAGGCUUCCAAGGGCCCCUCCUGGUAUUGGGGCCUUGGGCAGUCAGUCCUGCUAUUAAUAUUUUCAUGUCUUUGUUCCACUGUAACAAAGGUAUGAAAAAAAGUGUGUCUGAAUAUGUAGCUUUCACAUACUGGCAAAAGCAAGCUGAAACAAGCCACUCAAAAGCAAAAAGCAUACUUUGAUAAGGCUGCUAUUUCAGAUGUCCUCAUGAUUCGUGCCCUUUUUCUUCUCAACAAACACUGAACAUCAACACCCAGAAAAUUUUGUGACUUUUAUUAAGAAAACAAAACCAUUGGACAUGAUAAAAACCAAGCACUACUGAUGGAAUAAAUAAGUCAAACCAAACCAUAAAUCUGUACAAGAUCUAAAGAAAAACAAUAUGGUCCCAAGAAAAAAAACAAAACCCCAAAACAUACAAGAUCUUAUAUCUCACAGCUCUUUUUUUCCAUUUUUCUUUUUUUACAGUUAUGAGCAAACUAUAAGCAAUUGGCUCGAUCAGGUGAAAGCUACAACAUAAGUGAGAUUUUUUUUCUUAAACUGAGUGUACAUAAUGCUGUUUAUAACUGUUAAUGUCAAUACAAUAGCAUUUUAAGUUCCAGCGCUGCUGGACUGGGAAUGAGGUAUAUGCUAAUCCGUCCUCUAUACCAAGACAUUUUUUUUUGAAUUUCUUUUCUCUCCAUCCAUGUGAAUGCUGAUUUGCUGAAAUCUGAUCAAGUAAUUCUGCAUCAUAAAGCCCCUGUUAUGUUAUGAAAUCAUUGAUUUGUGGUGAGUCAAUUCAUUUCAAUCCAAAUUGACAAGGAAAUCUCAAUUAAUGAAAGUAAAUCUUAGAUGUGUGAGGUUGUACAUUAGAGGUCACAGGCCUGAAUCCACACAACAAAGUUCAAGUAAAUUGCACAACUUUGCACAAAACCAAGAGCUUGAUGCCACAUGUGUAUGGAUUCAGCCAACAGACAGCACCUUGAAGGAGGAUUAGAACCAAUGUUUGAGCUAAAAGACUUUAGUAGGUCAUAGAGAAGUAGUGAUACACAGAAGACUUACACAGAGGAGAAGUGAUUAAAUGGUGGAGCAGGUGGGAAAACCGGUCCAGGAAAUUGGUCAAUUUCUACUUAAAGGUGCUAAAAGAAAAACAAACAAACACCUGAAGUAGACAAAGACCAACAACUGGUGUUCUGACUGAAGUUUACAAAUUGCAACAUUUUCACAAGACAAAACUAAAUUAACUUCUGGGUAGUGUUCAAAUUCCAGUCUCCAACUGUGUAAAGGACUAACACGCCAAUUUGCUUCCUUGCAGAGAGUUUUAUGAUAAUGCGAUAUAACGCGAUUACAUGGCAGGAGACAGUUAGACACUUUCUUAUGUGCCAAGAAGUAAUGAGGGACUUCGUCUCUUUCUUCAUCUCAUUCUAGUAUAAAAGUAAAAAUAAUAAUUGUAAAUAAAUAAUAAAUAGCAUGUUAACAUGUAAGCUAGUUUCACCUACUAACAUCUCCAAAGCUUUUGGACAAAAACAACAACAAAAAAAAACAAAAACAAAUCUAAAACUUAAGUCGUGUCAUUCACAGG